AGGAGGAGGAGAGAGGAAGCAGCAGGAGGAGGAAGAGGAUGAUGAAGAUGGAGGCCAGUUUUGACACAGAGGAGAGUUUUGACGACCCGUCUUGUCUAGCCCCCCAGCUCCCUGUCUCCCCAGCCAAGAGGACAACCAAUGAGGUGAAGGAGACCAAGACCACUAUAAACGGGGUGACCUUUCCUCUUCCUGAUGAUGGUCCAGAGCAACAGCUGCUUAAACCAAAUGAUUGGAGUUACUGUGAUUACUUCUGGACGGAUAAAAAGGACCCUCAGGGGGCGACCUCCGUUGUGGGAUUUGAGGUUCUUGUUCAGAAGCAGCUGAAGGGGAAACAGAUGCAGAAGGAGAUGUCGGAGUUCAUCCAUGAGAGGAUAAAGAUUGAAGAAGAAUACGCUAAAAACCUGUCGAAGCUCUCUUUGAGCCCACUGGCAGCUCAGGAGGAGGGGACUCUGGGAGAAGCGUGGACUCAGCUGAAGAAGAGUCUUCACGAUGAAGCUGAAGUUCACCUGAAGUUCUCCAACAAGCUUCACUCUGAGGUGGAGAAACCUCUGCUGACUUUCAGAGGAGACGGUUUUAAGAAAGACCUGAAGAAGUACGAGCAUAACCUGUCCGACCUCAGGAAGCAGCUGACAACCCGCUUUGGGGGUGUGGAGAAGGCUCGUAGAGCUCUGGCAGACAGGCAGAAGGACCUGGAGGUGAAGACUCAGCAGUUGGAGAUCAGACUGAGCAACAAGACGGAGGAGGACAUAAAGAAAGCACGGCGAAAAUCCACACAAGCAGGAGACGACCUGAUGCACUGCAUCGAUCUGUACAAUCGGGCUCAGUCCAAGUGGUUUGAGGAGAUGGUGACCAGCAGCAUGGAGUUGGAGAAACUGGAGGUUGAGCGAAUCGAGUGGAUUCAGCAGCAUCUACGUCAGUACACAACUCUGAGACACGAAACAGACAUGUUCAACCAGAGUACGGUGGAGCCGGUGGACCAGCUGCUGCAGAGUGUGGAUCCAGCCAAAGACAGAGAGCUGUGGGUGAAGGAAAAUAAAACAGGCGAGGUUCGACCCGUGGAUCUGGACAUUUAGACAAACUGACCCAGGAUCAGCCAUCCUGUCAACAACACAAACACUGAGUUUCAGAUAACUAUGAUCCAGGGACACAAGUGUGUCCUCUCUGACUGAACAACAUGAAGAAAGGUUCAGCAGACAAACGGAUCAAAGUAGCCUACCAGCAUGUUCCUUCUAAAUUUAACCCUUUCAUUACCAACAUUAUCUCACUGAAUGCCAUUUAACAUACUCUGCUGUUUACCUAUUGUAAAGUUAGAAAAAUAUUUGCAUUUUUGAAUCAUUCAGUUUCACUUCAAUAAACACUUAAUGUUUGCAGGAACUAGACAAAAAGGUAUGAUAAAAAACACCUUUUUUUAGAUACAGUUACUAAAGCACAGUGAGACCGUAGAAUGAAUAUGAUCUAUUUUCAUAUUUGCUGGUUUGUUUGGUAGAAAAUGCAUGUUUGAAAUUUUUGCUUUAACUGUUGGAAAUCUGCUCAGUUUGUGAACCAUGAUGGUUGUUUGAUGUAGUUCAAUUUACAGAAAGUAUUCUGAAUCAUUAACAUGACAGAAUUGAUAAGAAGCUCUCUCUUAAAUACAAAAAAGAGAAUUUACAUGUACAGCAUUAAAUACCCAAAAACCUCAACAGUGAACACAUGCAGUGAUUGGAUGUGAAUCUGUCCCCGCUCUCGGGGGGGGAACAGUUUUAAGCCGGGGUCAGCUCUGGAAAAAUCUGGAGGAAAAAAGGUUGUUCAAUUCCACUGAAACACCUGUGAGUGCCUAACGGUGAUAUACCUGGAAUGUCCUUAAAGACACAUUCUGCAUCAGUGUACAUUUGUACAGACGGAAUCGAUGUGUUUCAUGUUUAACAGGCGACAUGUAUUUGUACUGUACAAUGUUGUGUUUUAUUUUUGGUAAAUGUACAGAGAUUAUCUUUACGAUGGAGGAGGCUGAAAAUGGAGCAGAAACUUAAAAAAGAGAAAAGGUGUUGAAUUAAUGGAGGUGAUGGUUUACAAAUGUAAAAAAAAAAAUCAUAUUUUAUGAUAGACUGCAUGUAAAGUGUGUGUCUGUAUGUGUGCAUCUCUGUCUCUGCAUUCUGUUGUGCUCUGUCUCUUCUGGAUUAUUUGGAUUAUUACAUUUCUGUGGACGUUCUUUUCUAUUACACAAAAGCACGAAGCCAAUCAAAUAAAGAUUUCAGUGGUAAUCCUAAUCCAGCUGCCUGCUAUGACAAAUAAAAACUGCUUACCUGCCUUAUCUUACAUAAUGCAUAAAGUGCAUUACACUGUGUUUUGUUGAUUAAAGUCUUUGUGAUGCACAUUCAGACUUUAAAGGCAUUGUGCAGGUUUAAACAGCAGAUCUGUCGUACAGCUUUCUCAGUGUGUGUCAGUAUUGUGUUCUAAAUGUUCAAUUAGUUCAAACUAAAUGUUCAAUCUGCAGUAUCAUGAUGAAGUGAGUUUUCUGAUGCACAUUUUCAUGCCGUACUUUGAAUCUGUUGUUCCGAUGUUUUCAGGAUGUUUUGAUCAUACGUGACCUCUGUCAGAUGUGUUCUGUGGAAUGCAGCGUCCAAAUAAAUCUCCUCUUUAAAGAAUAAA